AUGCUUGAUCGACCCCUUAAAAUUAGAAUUUUUUUACAACUGAUUUGCGUUGGCAUUGUUUCGGCAAUAUUUUUUUGUAGUGAAAUUGUUCAGCACGAGAUCACAAAAUUAAACCAGAAAGGUGAAACUUUGGCUGAGAAAGUCAACGAAGACGAUUCACAGAAUGUUCGUGACAAGGUAGAUGAAAUUGAGAAACGUUGGGAAGAUUUACUCGAUAAGUCAUAUGAUGAACAACAGAAACUUGAAGACGCUUUAAUCGAGCGUGGUCAAUUCGGUGUUGCUAUUGACGAACUGUUAGUCUGGGUUGAUGAGACAAAAACAAACCUGACCUCAGAAGAAGAAUUACCAAAAGACAAGAAGUUGAUUGAAGUCGAACUGUCGAAACUGAAGAUAAUUGCAAACGAUGUCAAGUCGCAUAAACCCAGUGUGACCAGUUGUCAAGAAGCCGCACAAAAGUUGGUAGACGAAGACAAGGCUCAACCUGAACUAAAAUCCAAACUUGAAGACCUGACUAAAGGUUGGGAUGAAAUCCAAGAAUUGUUAAAAGAAAAAGAAGAUGGCCUUCAAAAUGCUUUUGAUGAAUCGAGAAAGUUCCAAGGACAAGUUCGUGAGUUAAACAUCUGGUUAAGUGAAGCUAAAACCUUCUUGAAAUCAAAAGCUCCGAUCGGCGCGAAAUCCGAAACCGUGGAAAAACAACUGGAUAAACAUAGGGAGUUUGUAAAAGUUAUUGAGGUACGAGAAGAGGUGUACAUAUAUAUCAUCGAGACAUUUGAAAUCCUUAUUAAAUCUAGCGACAUCAGUGGCGCACGAGUUCUGGAGAAAGCCCAAGAGGAGAUUAAAACAUCAUGGUCUGUUGUCUCAAAAUUGUCUCAAGAGAAGUCGGACAAACUUGAAGACGCACUUGAAAAUUCUCGUCUUUUGGAAAGUUUGAUUUCAGAACUGGAGGUAUGGGUUGUGAGGGUGGAAGGAAAUAUAACCUUGUUUUCUGAUGUCAGCACCAUCUAUGAAACCAUCGUUGUGGAAAUGAAAGAUUUUGACGAGAUUUACCAGGAAGUUUCAGACAAACGAGAAGAUUUCCGUACCGUCAGAAAAACAGCUGAUAAGGUGAUUGAGAAUUGUACAGCAGAAGAAGCGAAGGAGGUCAACCACGAGAUCGAUGACCUCACUGAGAAAUGGAAGGGGGUCAACGGUAAACUCAAGACGCGCAAGAAGAUUUUGGACGAUAACUACAACGAAUCUAAAAUAUUCUUUGAAGGUCACGAACAAUUAAUGACGUUCCUUGAUGACGUUGAGAAUAAGAUCAAUAGCGAUUUAUCAGUCGGAAAAGAUGCUCCAUCCGUAAAAGCUCAGAUGAGAAAACACAAGGAAUAUCAAAACGAGCUUGGAAAGAAACAAUCCAAAUUUAACGCAACUGUUAAAGCCGGCAAAACUCUUGUUGAUAAGAGUCAACCGCAUGAAGUGACCAUCAUUGAAGAAAAAAUCACUGUUUUAUCUUCUCGCUGGGACGUUGUGUGUCAUGUUUCUGUCGAUAGGCAACAUCAACUUGAAGAAGCAUUGCUCUUCCAUGGAAUGUUUCACGACGCUGUGCAAGCCCUUGUGGAUUGGAUCGACACAGUCGAGCCAAGUUUGCUUAGCGAGACAGCUGUUAUGGGAGAUGUUAACACCGUAAAGUUGUUAAUCGAUUACCACAAAGCUUUCCAACGUGAUCUUGCAAAACGAGAGAAGAACUAUGAGUCUAUUGUAAAGACUGGAGAAGCGAUGUUGGAGGAAGGAAAAGUCGAUGAUGUUGAAGCUUUAAAGGAGGAACUAGACAAUCUAAAGAACCGAUGGGAAAAUGUAGGACAAGCUUCUGUAACUAAACAGGAGCGCUUGCAAAACGCUUUCACUCUUGCGAAGGAAUUCCAAACUGGUGCAAAAUCAUGCUUAGAUAACAUAAAUUCUUUGGAAGAUGAACUAAAGGGACAAGGUCCUAUUGCAGAAGAUGCUCCUGGCAUUAAGAAGCAGCAAGAAGAAUUUAUUGUUUUUAUGGAAACAUUGGAAGAAGAAGAAGUGCGUGUUAAUACUUUGUUAAAGAAAGGAGAAGUUAUUCUCAGGUUCUGUCACCCGUCAGCAUUAACCACAAUUCGACAUCACAUAGCAGUUGUUAAAAAGCGAUGGAAUGACAUAUCUGGUUGGGCGAAACAACGCAAAACUAGACUCGAUGAAGCUCUUGAGCAACUACUGGAAGAGGAGAAGUUGUCGGCGUUGCUUUUAGAAUGGCUUACUGAACAGGAGGAUAUUUUAGAUCAGCGGGAAAAAAUUCCACUUCCUGAUGAUUAUAAUGUACUCACAGAACUGCUUGAAGAACAUAAGUUAACUCAAGAUGGUGCUGAGCAGAAACAACCAGACUACAACAAGAUCACUAAAAACGCCAGAAGAAAACCGUUAACUGACCGUCAACGUCGAGCAAUGUCAGCUGCUUCUCGUGGACGACAAGAUCCAAAUGCUUCAAAGAGAGAUUUUUUCAACCCAAUGGUUUCACAGCUGUCGAAAGGUUGGCAACGCUAUUGGUUAGUGCUUAUGGACCGCAACAGACGUCUUCAAGAAAAACUAGACCAAAUCCGCAUUCGCAAAGCCGCUGCGGAGUUUAGCUGGGAUGAAUGGAAAGACCGCUUUAAUGGCUGGUUGCGUGAAUCUAAAUCAAGAGUUCUUGACAUGUGGCGAAAGAAUGACAACGAUAAGGAUAACAAACUUACUCGCGAUCAGUUUGUGCAUGCAAUAGACGAUACUUCUUUCACUGCGGAACGAUGGGAGAUUGAACUUGUGUUCGAUCAACACAAACGUCAUAUUCUCAUUACGUAUCAAGACUUCAUGGAUGCUCUGAAAGGACGAAAACGCAAGCCUGAUAAACCGCUGACUGAAGCUGAACAAAUUCACGACAUCAUUGGCGCAGAAGUCUCCAAAUGUUGUUGCGCGGAGAUGUACAAGAUGGAAAAGGUUGGAGAAGGAAAAUACAAGUUUGGAGACAUGCAGAAAUUACGUUUGGUACGUAUAUUGCGAAGUGUGGUGAUGGUUCGUGUUGGCGGUGGAUGGGAAACCCUAGCUGAAUUCUUAGAUAAAAAUGAUCCCUGCAGAGCUGAAGGACGAACAAACUACGAGCUUCGAGAGAAAUUUAUCAUGCCUGAGCACGCCAGUCAGGGUAUGCAAGCCUUCAAAUCAAAUUUCGGAAAGAAAGAACCUUCCAUGACACGAGAUCGUCCUUCCGUAUCAAGAGAGGGCUCAAGCUCAGGUAUUCCUAGAAGAAUUACCCGAGAGAAAUCUGGUGGUGAUAUAAAAGGUGGUCGUCUUUCUGUACCAGGCAUGACGAGAAAGAAAUCUGAUUUAGAUAGGGAAGGCAGGAAUAUACCAACUUACAAAUCUAAGGAUUACUCUGGUGUGAGAGGUAGUGGAUAUGGCACGUCUCCAAAGAAAAAGAGUCCAAGUGCAGAUUCGCCUAUGACUAGAACACCUUCACAACCUAAAAUCAGUCGUGAACGAUCUGGUGACGUCUACUCUAGGUUGUAUGGAACACCCAAAACAACAGCAGGAAAAACUACAGCCACGCCUCGAACCUCUACCAGUACCGCAUCAAAAAGCGCUACCCCAAGAACUUCUAGUGCAAAAACGCCUACAAAAUCCGCUGUCCCAAGAAGAACGUCAUCUUCUAGUACUGACAAAGAAACCAAGAAAAGCACUUCCACCAAGGAACCAGCUGUACCACGUGUCUCCGUGACAGGAACAGAUGGUUCUUCUAGUCCACCAAAAGGUGCAACCACCAAACCCCGUACAGGAGGUGUUUUCGAACGGUUAACCACUCAAGGUACAGCCACCAAGAAAGGAGUAGCGAAGAAAGGAACUGACGCUUCCACAAAAACAGACGGAGCAACGAAGAGAAGGACGUCGACCAAAAAAUAG